GCAAAGCUUUGGACCAAGCAGUUCUUUGCCCUCGUGAUGGGGGGACAGAUGGCAGAGGGAAAGUGCAGUGCGCUACGUCGCCGGGAGUUGACGAGCUGACAAGCAUCGCGGAGAUCAGCAUCGCCAGCGCACGUGACUGUUUACAUGCAGGCGCUGAACUUUAGGAUACGAAUUUGUUACGGUCUAGACGUUUAAUGGUGGAAUUGCUCUGUUGGGAAGUUAAUGGAGUAAUUUAAUUUUCGAAUCACCAUGUCGAAUAAGAUCAUCUGCUUGUUCGAUGUUGAUGGUACCCUGACCCAGCCGCAACAGACGAUCGAAGCUGCUCUUGAUUCCUAUAUCCAAGAUGACUUGAAAAAGGUGUUCGAUGUAGCGAUUGUCGGCGGUUCGGACAUCAACAAAAUAAAAAAACAGCUCGGAGAGGAGAAUCUCUUCAAGAAGUACGACUACGUUUUCGCUGAAAACGGCUUGAUAGCGUACAAGGAUGGUAAAAAGUUACCAUCAGAGACCAUUCAAAGUAUUAUUGGAGAAGAGGCUUUGCAAGAUUUUAUAAAUUUCGCACUCCGUUACAUUGCUGAUCUGAAGCUGCCCUUCAAAAGAGGCACCUUCAUCGAAUUUAGAACUGGCAUGCUUAAUAUUUCGCCUGUAGGCCGUAACUGCACAACUGAAGAGCGCAACCAAUUCAACGAGUACGAUCAAGAACAUCAAAUUCGCGAAAAGUUCAUCCAGGCGUUGAAGAGGGAAUUCCCUAACUUAGCGCUGACGUACAGCAUAGGCGGACAAAUUUCCUUUGACGUUUUUCCCAACGGAUGGGACAAAACGUACUGCCUGCGGCACAUUGAAGGAUACGAAGAAAUUCACUUUUUCGGCGACAAGACAAGAGAAGGGGGAAAUGACUACGAGAUUUACGAGAGUGAUCUAACUGUAGGCCAUUCAGUGACAGGUCCCGAUGAUACCUUGAAACAACUCAAGGUCUUGAUCAAUAUGAUCGACGAGAGAAGAAGCAAAGAGCAACUUAACUUUCCAAUGCAAUGCGUGUAAUGAAAUUAAUGAAGUAUUCCCGUAACACUGUGUGAUUUAUACUAUAUUUGUACAUAACGUUAGAUUUUAGAUUGUUAGCCAAUGCCAAUUUUUAUGAUUAUCUUUUGUGAGUAAUGUCUCAGUCUUAUUAGACAUUUCAAUGACAUUCCUCUAAUAUUAUAUGCGUUCUUUGAAUGUGAUAAAUUUAUAUGAAUUCCAAUAUACGAUUGUUGAUAAAUGUCAUAUAAUAACUGUAAAAAAAGAAGAAAAAAUUUAAUUAUUGAGGAAUAAAGGAAAUGGUUGAACGUAAAAGAGUUUACGAAGCGUUCAAGUAUUAUUUUCUUUUAAUAUAAGAAUUUAACUUUGAAUAAACAAUUAUAUCAUGUA